AAAAAUGUGUUGUUGUUUUAAAAAAAAAAAAAGAUAUCACAAGGAUAACAGAAAAACAAAAACACCUUUUACUGACAAAUAUAAUCCAUAAAAUGACAUAUUUCUAAAAAUGUAUUAUUUCAGGGAAUGUGCUUAUUUGCUUUCCGAGAGUGAGCAGCUAAUUAGAUUUGCUUAGCUUAGCAUGAAUACUGUUAACAAGGGGAAACUGCUAGCCUCUCCAAAGUUAACAAAAUCCACCUAAAGCUCACUAAUAGGCAUUUUAUAUCCUGCUUGUUUAAUUCAUACUCUUUUUCAGGGUGUUGUGUUUUUUCUACGUGGCCAAUUCAUUUUUUUUCUAAUCUUCUGAUAAAGCUAAGCUAGCUGGUUACCCCCACUUCCAUUACGCUAACUGUCUCCUGCUGUAUCUCGAUCUUUGACACUCUAAUGUCAGAGGGAGUUUGAUUUUUGACAAGAAAGUAAUUGAGCGUAUUUCACAAACUGUUAACAUACAUGUCGACACAUUUCAUACUUAGCACAACCUCGUGCUCGUUUCCCCUGCGUCCGUUCUGCUGACAUUUAUUUGUGAGAGAUAGAAGGUUUACAAGUGAUUUUUAACACAACCCUCGAACGUCUCCGAGCCGCCCAGAUGGCGGAGCAGCCUUCACCAUGGCGGCAUCUGUUUGUCUGUUGUGACUGAGUCGGACCCGUGUGCCUCAUUGAAACAAUAUGUGCGGUGACACGGGGUUCUGGGUUCUGGGCCUGUAAAAGCAGGGUUUUGGAGGAAUGGGGGUCUGGUUUUUGGUUUUUCUUACUUAGUGGGUUUCUUUUUGCUGUUUUUCUUUCUUUUUUCUCAGUUUUUUUUGCUCUUUAAAGAAGAUGCAUGUUCUGUUUGAGGUGAUGAUGACGGACAACUGUUGCGAAACUCUCAAGGAGUAAAAGUAGGUUGAUUUUUAUUCUUAUUUCUUGCUGUUGUAUGUCUUCAAAUAUUUUACUUCUAAAAGGUCUAUUUUUUUAAGCUCUUUGUGAUAAAAGAGUUCUGAAAAACUGGUUUGUCUUUGCCAUUGUUCCAACAAAACAAAACUGGACCAACAAGGAUUUCGAGGCACAUCCAAAUUUGAAAGAAGGGAUCGUGUCGGGGAAUGUCGUUUCUUCCUUGACCUCAAGGCGAGGACGGACACGGUCGCUGAACCGUCCGCCCGACUGACUAUCUCACCAUCUCCCCUGCUUUGUUUUUUUUCGGUUUGUUGGGAGCGAGGACUCCAAACUGGUCCGGGCGGCAGUCGGACUUCUCCUUCUCCUCCACAGCUGUUCAGGGUUUACAGGCCGCAGCUCCUUCAUGUGGCCCCGGUGACAGUGAUGAAACGGCAAAGUGGCAUCAGCCGUUCCAAACACCUCCCAAACCCAAAGAGACACAUGAUGUGUGCACAUGAUAAACUUUUUGCACCACUCGUGAAACGCAUAGGCCACUUUAAUGUGCCGUACCUCUGUGCACGACCAAACCUCACCCAGACGGAUCAUGUGUCUGUAAACAGCGAUGAUUUCACCAUAAAGUCUCAUUUAAACGCUCAUUUAUUUUACUGCGCUCUUAAGCUGUCGGUUCUUUAACUGGAGCCGGGUUUUAUAAGUUUGAGGCCUGACCCGCCGCUAAUAUACACAACAUGAGGCGACGAGGCGGAUUCAGACUAAACUCUUUAUUCACACUGUGGCGUCUUUUAAGUCAUUUGACAUUUCAUGGCGCAGCAACAUUUAGAUGGAAAAUCCACCGCUGCAUGAAACUAUAGACUACAUAAAGAGAUGAACUACUACUAUGGACAGCAGGUGUGAAGAGGAAAACUUCACCGAUUGGCUGAUUGAGUAUUCAUGAGCUGCCUCCAGCUGAUGUCACUGAAGGGGUUAAAUCCGUGCAGCAUGUUGACUCCUAUGAUGGACAGGGCAUGCUAAUAUUAUUGCCAUCAGAUGUCCAAGGGCGGGGACGUACGUCUCCUAAUCAUUUCCUCCUGAGCGCCCCUGAAAGAGAAGCCCAGUGGCGGAGUGGGGGGGUUUAAACCCCGCCUGUAUGGGCUGUUUUUGGGGGGGGGGGGGGGGGGGCAGUACAGCAUCCGGAUCGGACCGUGAUGGUACAGGAUGCGUGUGCUUAGCUCCAUUGAACGAGACUAAAUAGGGGAGAGAGCCUUUAAUGCCGACAAUAAGCCGCCUCAUUCAGCAGCGCGGCCCGGACGCACAGCUCAGAAUCUGGGGAGGGGGCUGUUCCGAUCCGCAGCGGCAGUUUAUAGGUGCUGAAAUCACUUCAGUAAAUCGUUGGAAUGCCCUUUAAUGAAUUUUAAAAAAUCAUCAGUCUCAAAUUAGCUGACGACCAAAACAACCUCAUCCACGCAGCCUCUUGAUGACUCGAGAUUUGUCCCCAUGAGGAUGAAUGUGCGUAAAAGUGUCAUGCACAGGAAUCUCUCCCUCCCUCCCUCCCUCCCACACACACACACACUCAGAGAGAGAGAGAGAGAGAGAGAGAGAGAGAGGAAUACCCAGCUGGUCCUACAAGCCCUAUAAUACCAAGCGCAACAUGCUUCACCUUCAAUGAAAGCUGAGACGGGGGCCACGGUUCACUGCUGGUCCCGAACUCCGCGCUCAGAGCUCCACCUCAGGCUUCUCCUCCAUCUGCGUCUUCUGCGACCUUCUGCUGUGGGACGACUUGCAUCGUCUUUCACUGACUUUCCCAAAGCAGAGGGACACGUUUGGAUACCGCUCCUGUCCCCUGCUGCCUCCCUCCCUCCCUCCCUGUCAGAGGUGAUGGUCUCACCCUCUUUCAGGGGACCGGUCCUCAGGUGAUGGUGCCUAUAUCGAGUCAGGCUCCACUUCUGGAAACGUGCUGAGGGUUUUCCCUACAAGUUUUAUUUUUUUUUGUUGUCGUCCCGUUUGAUACCUCCUCAUGGCGCCCUGCUCUCGCUUCGUGGUCGUGCUGCUCUACGGCUGGACUCAUCUGUGCGUUGGAUACUGCGCGAUGCUGAAGACGGACACUGCGCCCGAGGGGCGACCGGUGGAUUUUACGCACUCGGCGAACAAGAAGCACGACGACCGGGACCUGCUCUUACAGGAUACAAUGACGGAACACAUGCAGAUGCUUUACGCGAAGUACAACCGCGCCGGGUUCCCCUUCAAGGACGGCAACACCGUCCGCAGCUUCAAAGCGCACUGGGGUACGUUAAACGCGAAGCGGCUGCAGAUUUUCAACCUCACCUCCCUCACCAAGUCCGAGGACGUCCUGUCAGCCACGCUCCACUAUUACAUUGGAGACCUUCACAACGGCACCCGGGGCCACCGCCACGGCCCGCGGAGGCACAGCCACGUCCACAUGGUCAUCUGGAGCUUCGCCUCGGUGGAUAACAAGAUGAGGACGCUGGGACAGUUUCGGAUCAACGUGUCCACCCUCUACAGGGACUUCAUAUCUUGGCAGUGGAAGGACAUUACGCGCGUGGUCAACCAGGCCAAGCAUCACGACGAGCUGCUCAUCGGGAUCGACGUGGCCUCGCAGGGGCCCCGGCCGUGGAAGCAGCUCCUGUCCGACCGCUCGCCCUACAUCCUGGUCUACGCCAACGACUCUGCCAUCUCAGAACCCGAGAGUGUGGUGGCCACCCUCCAGAGACACCACUCGGUGGGAGGGGAGGGCCCCCAAAAACUGGGGCUGCUGCGCGAGCGGAACCACACCGAACAGGAGCAGCCCCCCCAGCCCAGACACAGGCGCUCGGUGAACGUUUUGCUCCCGUUGCAGAACAACGAACUCCCCGGGCCCGAGUACCCGUACGAGACGACCGGCUGGGACGAGGCGAGUCCGUACGAACCUUUCGAAAACAAGCAGGCGCGUCGGCCGCGCAAAAAGACGCGCAAGAACCAGCGGCACAAGGUGCCCCUGCUGCAGUUCGACGAGCAGACGAUCAAAAAGGCGCGGAAGAAGCAGUGGAACGAGCCCAGGAACUGCGCUCGGAGGUACCUGAAGGUGGACUUCGCCGACAUCGGAUGGAGCGAAUGGAUUAUAUCGCCCAAGUCGUUCGACGCCUUCUACUGCUCAGGGUCCUGCCAGUUCCCCAUGCCAAAGGCCCUGAAGCCGUCGAACCACGCCACCAUCCAGAGCAUAGUGCGGGCGGUGGGCGUCGUGCCGGGCAUCCCCGAGCCGUGCUGCGUCCCGGAGAAGAUGUCCUCCCUCAGCAUCCUCUUCUUCGACGAGGACAAGAACGUGGUGCUGAAGGUGUACCCCAACAUGACUGUAGACUCCUGCGCCUGCAGAUAGUUUCCCCUUUGUGCCCGUUCACGUCAAAACUCAUGUUACACCGAAAAAGCAAAAAUAAGAAGAAAAAAAACAAGAAAAAACCGACAAUCUCUCCUCCUGUAUCUUUAGUCGUUCGCUCGUUCACUUCACAAAAAACACCCGUUGAAAACACAACUUCCCGUUUGCACUGGAAGAGAGUUCGCGCCUGUUGUUCCAGGUGAAGAGGAGACUCGUCUGUUCACGGGAAGGAAUGGACCGCGCGAGUUUGUCCUCGUGGAAGAAAACUGGAAGGGACAAGUCGAAAUCUCCACGCUCCCGAUUUCACCAGCGGCACCGGCCUGUUUCAUCCCUGUCGUCUUUAUCGUCGUCUCCAAAAACUCACCAUCAAGAUAUGAAAAUACAGAUUGAGGCGUAAAGAGAGACAAAGACUGAAAGUAAAAAAUCACUUUCAAGGGAAAAUGAACUGAUGCUCCCGAGGGGGGGGGGGGGGGGGGGGGGGGGGGGGCGUACUCGUCUUUCUCUUCUUCACAGCUUGAUGUCGUCUUUGGUCACUACCAUAACGUCACCUCCGCUCGCACUUGCAUGGUUUUCUUGUUCCUAUGUGUUUGUAUUUAUGUCUGUACUAUCACUGUGUUAUUCACUAUACGAGACGUUAUCUGUGUAAUGAUAUUUGGCUUGGCUGCUAUAGAGAGAUAUAUUAAGAUUCCAAAGCCAGAGUUGUGACGUAGACGGCAGUUUGUGUUCCGAUCCCUGCUCCCCUCGUUGUACAGAAACCACAUCUUCAAGAGUUUAUUAUGUUCAAAAGAGUAAGCUACUUCUCAUUUGUGGGUUGUUUUUUCUAGGAGAACCAUAACACCAUUGCUUUGCCAAGACAAUAUUCAAGCCUCAUGAGAAUUUCGCAAAAGAAAAAGGGAUAAAAACAUAUCAAGAGGAGAAACUACUACGUGAACAAGGGCUGUCGCCAGGUGUUUAUACAUGUGUAAAAAAAUAUAUUUACAUUUUUAUUAUUUUUUACUGCAUAGAACAGCAUUUAUGAAGAAAUAACCAUUGUCAACUCCCAGAAUGUUUCUAAAAUCUCAAUAUCAAGUCAAUAUUCAGUUCUGGUCUGGAAUCAGUUUUGCAUUGAAACGAUUCUAGGUGUUUGUAAAGGUUAUGGUUGGUUCAUUUUAUUUUCUGAAACAACUUAAAGCUCCAGGUAAUAACCGUUUACCACAGUUUAUGGUAAAUGUCGUCUGAUGGUGAGGACGCCUCAGAAAAUACUACUUUUCUCAAAAAAUAGUAUUUUCUUAGUUAAAACAAAAACAAUAAACAACACAUAUGAUAUAUUGAAGGAUCAGGGAGAGCAUGGUUACAUCGGUCUUUCAAUAUUACUGUAUUAAGUAGAUUUUUUCAUGAAUCAUAAGCGGGGGGCGUGUCAUGUGAUCACAUUUACAUCAUCGUCAAUUCAGACCGACAGUCAGACCCGAGGGAGCGGUCAACAUGUCGUACAGUAACGUCUCCUCGGGUUCUGCUUUAUAGUCAGAGUUCAUCAAACCAAAUAUUUAUUCAGAGCGAAUAGACUAAAAUAUAGCUGCAACCUUUUUUUUUUCUUCUUCCUAUAGACUUGUACAUUGUUUUUGUAUAUAGCUCACUAUAUGUCGAUGACACUCUAUUGUAAGUGCCUUUUUGUGUGGGUGGAUUUCUGCUUUUUUCAAAAGUUUGAUAUGAUCCAUCGUCUGGUCAGAGGAGCUCGGUCACUCAGAUUUUUUUUGUUAUGGUACAAAACACAACAACAGUCUACAGACAGCGAAUAUAAGAGCAUCUUCUUUUGAUAAGGACGAUCGUCAAUGGAAUUUAUUCUAUAAAUGUAUUUGUUAAAAUAAUUCACUUAUUUUGAUAUUGCAGAGACAUUUAUUUUGUGUCAAUAGCUAUAAGGGGCAGAUUGUUUAAACUUUAUAUAUUUUGUACUGACACUUUGUUAUUUUUCUGCAGGUUGUGCUUCCUCACCUUGUGCCAAUACAGAUUUUUAUAGCAACGCUCAUGCCUCUGGUACAACACGGGAGACAUGACGUUUGCUUUUUCAUGCAUUUGAGAUUCAACCCAGGUCAAAACGUCUCAUAUCGUCUUUCGCAGGAAUCAAAGACGUGUACGUACACGGUAACAAGUACACCAGCAGUUUUAUAAGAGGUUAUUAUUCUACUCCACUGUUCAAAACCCUCACUUGUAAAUGUUAUGCUGUAGGUUAUAUUAAAAAAAAAGAAAUGCUUUGUACAAUAAGCUUCAUAAAAAUAUAUUUGUAUAUGGAAAAAUGACCUUUAACAUGCAUCUAUUUAUUUUUCUGUAUGUUGCAUAUCUUGUUGAGGGUGUUGGUCUGGGAACAGGGGAGACCGGAGCCCGACACGUCGAUGGUCUUUAUAUCUGUGAUGGACAUUUGUCACUACUGAUGUGAAGUUGUGGUGAACUGUUUAAAGCCCCGCCCCCUCCCUCCUCCCCCUCCUAUGAGCUCUGACCCUCCUUCAAAGAAACGAAUAAAAGUAUGCAAGACUCA